AUGUCGUUCAUGAAGAGCCUGAAAGGACUGGCCGAUGAUUUCAAGGGAAUGAUGAGCGACAAGGACAAAGACAAGGAGAAACAGCAUGCUGGCGAGACGCACAAUACUACUUAUAAGGACGGUAGCUAUGGUGCCUCAGAUUCAUACCACCAAGGACAGUAUGCCGGACAGCACUCAUCGAAUCCAUCCCAACCACAAUAUGGCGGUCCACCACCUUCUCAAGGCUACGGUCCGCCUGCAGCUGAACCUGGCCUUCCUCCAGGCUGGAUCAAGCAGUGGGAUCAGAACAGUCAGAGAUACUAUUACCUUCAGCAAGCCACUGGUCGAUCUCAAUGGGAGCCUCCAUCCAUGUCUUACAUGUCGAUGGACCAGAGUCGAGGUUAUGGAGCUCCAGCUGGACAGACCUAUCCUCCCCAUGGUUAUGGUCAAGGAUUUUCACAGCACGGACAGGGUUACCCGGCCCCAGGUGGUCUUGCUCACUCUGGUGGUCACGGCUAUCCUCCUGGAGCUACUGGAAGUGGUGAGAAGAGCAACAAAGGUGCUUUACUUGCUGCUGGAGCUGGUGGCUUGGCCGUUGGUGGUCUCGCGGGAGCAGCGCUCGCUGGUGACGACAGCGACGAUGAACAUCGUCAGUCAGCUCCAGCAGGAUAUGGAGCUGCGCCAUCAGGUUAUGGCUAUGGUGCUCCACCGCCAAUGACGGAUGCACAAGCUCUUGAACACAAUUCCGAUGUUUCUUCGUCGCGCCGUGAAUCACUAGAGGAAGCUCGAAAGGAGUACGAACAGGCACAACAAGAGGCAGCUGAUUCAGACGCUUCAAGCAGUGACCACGAAGAGGCCCGAGAAGCUAGAGAGGAGUACCAAGAGGAAAUUGAGGAGGCCCAGGAGGAAGCAUACGACGACUGA